CACUUAAAUGUCAGGAGUACAUAAAGCUCAUUUCUAAGAAGUACAUAAAAAGUAAACUAAAAGCAUACUUUCCAUUUUUUUGUUUUGUUUUGUUUAAAGAAGUAUACUUAUAGCACACUUUAAUAAACUUCUUUUUAGUAAUGGUAGUUGCGUACAUAAAGAAAUAUAUUUUUUGUUGUCUCAGUUACCGAUGCCGACAAGUAAGCAACACCCACAUGAUUUCAAUAUAGCACUUAUUCUGCCCAAAAAGAGCAUAAACAUUGCAGAUACCAUCUUAAAAACUAAUUUCAAAUUCAAAUCGGGUGAUUUUAGGUCAUUGUUUUUCUGUCAGUCCAUGAUACUCUCUGUCAGUAGGGAAUAGUAAGAUCCACUCAAACACUGUGGUUUCACUGCCAGAUGGCAGUUAGAAUUCAUUGAGCAAUCCAGUCAUUAUAUAGGUCAGUGGGCUUGACCUAAAUUCUUUGACGCAUUUCCUUCAUAAAUCAAAUGUAUUCAUGGUAUCCUCCAUGGCUCAGAUGCCAGGAGUCUAUGAAGAUUUAUGUUCAUUGGUACAUCCAAAAACUAAAUAUUUACAAUGUUUAUUUUGCAAAGACACGAUAUCAAUCGGGGCUAUAGCGAGGAUACAAACAGCGCAGGCUGUGUUUAGCUCACUCAGGGUAGGAGCAGUCAUGGGUGGGGUUUACAGAAAAUCUAAAACAGCCUGUUUUCAGACUCUGCUUUGGAUUUAUGGAGAUUAUAGAUUUAGAAGUGAGUUUUUAUCAUUAUAGGUUGGUUGUUUACAGACACUAUAUACAAACAGUUAAUUGUACAAAAUAUGUCCCCUUUAAGUUUAUCAGGACUUUUAAAAGGUGAAUGAGCCAUGCAAAGCAUAAAAGUCACCAACAGACGUCACCCAGUAUUUAUUAAUUUAACAACAUACACACACACACACACACACACACACACACACACACACACACAAAUAAAUUAAAAAAGUUGAAAUACACGUCACAUUUUUAACACAUUGUAAGAAGUUUCAUGUCAAGCUUGUCGACACAAAAUUCCAUUGGGUUAUUUCUUGUUCAUUUUCAAGUCAACAACACCACUAGUUUUAGUCGGCAAAAAACACUAAAGCAAUACCUUCUAAAAUAUUUACAACAGCAUCAACUUCAGUUUCAAAACCUCAUUUAUAUGCACAUUAUUCACAAGUGCUUCUUAUUUACGUAUAUUUAAAAUCCUCAACCAUACUCAUUGUGAUUUUUUUAAACUACAACAUUACUUAAUAAACUGCACUGUAUGUAAAUAUAAGAACCAAAAGAAUAAGCAUAUUUUGCAUUCAAUAGAUUAAUUUAUCUUGAGCAUUUGUUUUUCUUUCUUGAAUAUGCUCCUUUCCUCUUUAUCAAUUUGUCAUUCCUCUUAAGUUUAGAUGCUUCCACCCCUUUUCACAUCUGUCAACCAUAUCUAGUACUCACUUUACCAUACUGUAUGGGUUGACUCUUCAUCUUUCAUAUCUACAUUUGACAGGUUAUGAUGGACCAGAACUUUUGCAUUAUAUUAUGCAUCUUUUUUGUAUCUCAGUCGGUGAUGGCUUUUAACAUUGAUCCUUCUACAUGGAAAAUGUUCACUCCAAAAGAGAAAGUAUCCUUUGGCUAUAAGAUUAUACAGAAAGACAAAUCAAGUCUGAUUGUGAGUGAUCCUUUAAUUCAAACCGGAGAUAAACGAGGACAGAUUUAUAACUGUGCGGUCACAGAUGGAACCUGCUCAUCACUGAACAUUAAUGUUCCUCCAGAAGCUGUCAACAUGUCUCUUGGGCUUUCCAUGGUUCAAGAUCCACGAUCUUCAAAAGUGGUGGUUUGUGGCCCAACCAUUCCAAAGAAAUGUGUAGCAGCUACCAACUACAGAGGCAUGUGCUUUAUCCAAGAAAACAAUAAUUUUAAACCACCAUUCCCCAACGCUAUAUACCAAGAUUGUCCUGGUCAGAUUGACAUAGCUUUUCUAUUAGAUGGAUCUGGGAGUGUAGGAUCUUAUGAUUUUGAGAUCAUGAAGACUUUUGUGACAAAUAUAAUCAAACGUUUUACUGGGCGGGAUGGACAGUUUGCCAUUGCUCAAUACUCCAGAUAUUGUACUAUUCACUACAAUUUCAUUGAACUCAAAACUGAAGACUACAGAUGGGAAUCUAAGGUGAAAGGUAUCAAUUACUUCGGUGGUGGCACUUACACUGCAUCAGCCAUCCGAAAACUUGUGGACGAGCUAUUUACUCCAGGUGGAGGGGCAAGACCAUCAGCCAAAAAAAUCUUGCUUGUUAUUACUGAUGGAGAGUCUAAUGACUCGAGAUCAUUGAAAUCUGUAACAUCACAGGCAGAUGCAAAGAACAUAGUACGAUUCGCAAUCGGGGUUGGCGAUGCUUUUAAUAAAUACAGUGCAAGAGAGGAGUUAAAGACAAUUGCUUCUGAUCCAGAUGAUGAUCAUGUGUUUAAAGUGACUGACUAUAGUGCACUAAAUAAUAUUCUUCAAAAACUGGAAGAGAACAUUAUUGGCAUUGAAGGAACUCAGACUUCAGGGGACUCCUCUAGAAUGGAGUUUGCACAGGAUGGAUUCAGCACAGCCUUCACACCAUAUGGAAGUGUGUUGAUGAGUGCUGUUGGAGCUUUCCAGUGGAAAGGUGGUUACCAGGAAGAUGAUUCAAGUAGCUCCUUUCAAGCAGGCAAUGAGCAUGAUAGCUAUCUGGGUUAUUCGAUGGCUGUUGCAACAGUUUCAAGGAUCAGCUAUGCUAUUCUUGGAGCACCAAGAUACAAGCAUCGAGGAAGAGUCAUUGUAUCACGUAUCAGAACCAAUCAAAACAAAGAGCUGGAAUUUCCCAUGCCUCAGAUUGGCUCAUAUUUUGGAGCUGAGGUUUGUGUGGUGGAUUUGAACAGUGACUCCGGAACAGACCUCCUGUUGGUAUCAGCACCAAUGUACACGGAGCCUGACCGGGAGGGCAAAGUGUUUGUUUACACCUUUACGAGUCAGUUCACUUUUUCUGGUGUGGUGCUGGUGGGAAUGUCAGGUCAGAGGGGUCGGUUUGGUUCUUCUCUUGCCAGUCCAGCAGAUCUAAAUAAUGAUGGUUAUAUGGAUGUGCUGAUUGGAGCUCCUUUAGAGGAUGAUGGACGGGGCAGUGUCUACAUAUUCAAUGGAGGAGUAGAUCAAAUAGAUCCCAAAUAUUCACAGAGGAUUGCUGGAUCAUUGGCACAAUCAGGUUUGCAGUUCUUUGGGAUUUCAUUGAGUCAGUCAUCUCUAGACCAGAGUGGUGACAACCUUCCUGAUAUUGCUGUUGGGUCCAUGGGAGCAGUUCUGCUUCUUAGGUCCAGGCCCAUCGUGCGCUUGGGAAACAAAGUAACUUAUAACCCAUCCAAAAUACCAACCACUGUAACAGACUGCACAAAGACAUUGCAAAACACCCUGACCGUGUGCUUCAACAUUAAUGGAUUCAAACGUGGCCUAACAGAUUUAGCUGCAAAUAUUAAUUACACCAUAACUCUGGAUGCCAAGCGACAGAAAUAUCGAGCAUAUUUCUCGUUCAAAAACCGCCUCCACAAUAAUGUGAUGAAAAUUAAAUUGCCAGAAGUUUGCAAAAAUCAUAUUUUUUUCAUAGAGGCUUGUCCAGAAGAUGCUCUGAACCCAUUGUCCAAUCAGUUGCAUUUUACAUUUGAGGGUCUACCGUCUGGAACAAUGCAAAACUUGCGGCCAAUACUCAAUCAAGAUAUAAAGACCACCACAGACCACAAUCUAGAUUUUGAGAGAGACUGUGGAACUGAUAAUACGUGUAUCGAUAACUUAAGAAUGGAUUUUAAUUUCUCUGGAGCUAGAAAUAUAGAGGUUGGGAUCAUGCAGGAGAUCAAUGUGACCGUGUUUGUAGAGAACAGAGGAGAACACUCGUACAACACAGAGUUCAAACUUAACUACCCCUUUGGACUUUCCUACAGGAGAAUAACAUCUAAACAGGGCAGAGCAGAAUGUGUGUCCCUGGAUGGUGUGCAAGGAGUUAAACCAGGAGAAACCACCUGCUACAUCAGUAAACCCAUCCUCAAGGGCAACUCUCAGGUUGUGUUUGAGUUUACAUACAGUAUUACUAAAGAAAUUUCACUGGGCCAAAAUGUGAUGUUUAAGGCUGCGGUCACGAGUGGAAAUGACAAACAUUCUCAAGAGAGUGAGUUACUCAAAGAAAAGACCAUUGGCGUCAAAUAUGGCAUCUCUAUUGCCAUGAUAAGGGAUGAUCAUUCCACCAUCCACAUUCGUUUUACUUCAGGGAAAAGGGAUCUUAUGAAACCAGUCCAGCAGAUAAUAAAGAUUGAAAAUGAGUUUAGAGAAUUAACUUUCAAGGUUUUCAUCAGAGUACCAGUGAAAGUUGGUGAUGCUGAUAUCUGGACUAAUUCAAGUCUGCAAAUUUCUGGCUGUAAAUGGGAGAAAACAACAAAGCCUGUUAUUGCCAAUUUUAUGGACAUUAUUAAAGGUCAACUUACAGUGAACUGCUCUGUGGCGGAGUGUUCCGAGUUCAGCUGUGACGUCACUCUUAUAAAGAAUGAAAAGAUGUUCUAUAAUAUAACUGGCAAUGUGAGCUCUGGAUGGAUUGAUCAGAUUGGACUCAGUGCUGCUGUUUUUCAGCUGGUCAGUUCAGCAUCUAUGGAUUAUGACAAGAGCAAAUAUGUUUUAUUUUACUCUGAUUCUCAACAAACUGCACCAUCUGUUCAGGUUAAUACUCAAGUGGAGGUGUAUGAGGAGGUGAAUCUGACUAAAGAGAUCAUUGGGGGUGUAAUAGGAGGACUGCUGCUCCUGGCUCUCAUCACAGGGGUCCUCUAUAAGGCUGGGUUCUUCAAAAGCCAGUACAGGCAGAUGCUGGAGGAGGCACAGCGGGAUGCAGGAGGACAGCCAAACAUGUCACACUAAUCUGCAAUCAUUCCAUUUUAAGAUAUUAGUGUGUUUUGUGUGUGGUUGAGAAUG